AGUGGCAGCAUUAUUUUUGUUCUGUGGACUGCUGUCCUGUCCACUGCCCCUCACCCUGCUGCUUUGCCUGGAUCCCAACCUGCUUUGGCUACUUUUGGAUUAAUACGUCCUUCCUCUCAUUUUCAACGGUUGGUGGAUUAGUGGAUUCGUAGUUGUGAGCUGCUAAAGGACAGUCUGACAUUAUAAGUUGGCACAGUGGCCCUCAGGAUGUCAGGAUCAGUACGAGUGACGCAGAAGCAGCAGCAGCAGCAGCAGCAUCAACAACAGCAGGAGAAGCUGCAGCAGCAUCACUAUGAGAGCAACGUUUACCUCAGCACCAAGUCAUCUGUUAGCAAGCAGUCGUUCACGACUCACAAGACCACCAGCCGUCGCCUGACGUCGUCUGUGAAGACAGAGAAGGGGCAGGAGGUGGUUAAACUGAGCCCACUACCCAAAAGAGCGAAACGCACCUACUUGGCAAUGGACUUGGACAAAGAAGUUAUCGGCUACGUCGUACCCGUAUUCAGAGCCAAUCAUGAAGUGGUUCGGGGUCUGAUGGAGGCCCAGGAGGAUGCUACGGAGGAGGGGAUUCAGUACGUGGCCAUGAGGAACCUGUUCGUCAGGGAGGCCAGGGAGGCCCUGGAGGUGAGAGUGGAGAAGAAAACCAGAACAACGCAUAUCAGGGAAACGGCCGAACGCAUGGAGCUGGGAAAGACGAUGGAGGAGUGGGCAGAGUUCCGUAAGAAAAUGAACCCAGACAGCCUGACACACCCUCCAGAGUUCAUCGUCAAGCCCCGUGGACAGACUGUCUGGGAGGGCAACACUGUCAAGCUGCACUGCACUGUGGCCGGGUGGCCCAAACCCAGGACCGCCUGGUACAAAAACAACGUGCUCAUUGACGCCAAGGCCCGCCCCGAGAAGUACACAGCAGAGAGCAACUAUAACAUGCACUCCCUGGAGAUCAAGAACUGUGAUUUCCUCGACACUGCUCAGUAUCACGUCUCUGCCCUCAACGUGAAAGGAGAAGCUUCCUAUGUGGCCACCGUCGUUGUCAAAAGGUUCCAGGAGGGCGAGGAAGCAGGCCCACUUGAUCCCAAACCACAUGGUUUCUGCUCUGAGCAUGGCGUCACCUUUGAGACCAGCAUCAUUGACAAGUUUGAAGUGGCCUUUGGCCGCGAGGGCGAGACGCUGAGUCUGGGCUGCACUGUCAUCGUUUAUCCGGUUGUGAAGAAAUACCAGCCUGACGUCGUGUGGUACAGAAACUCUGUGCCCUUGACGUCCUCUAAAUGGGUCCACACCCACUGGUCUGGGGAACGUGCCACACUCACCCUUGUCCACCUCAACAAGGAAGAUGAGGGCAUGUACACCCUGCGUGUCAACACCAAAUCCGGCUACGACGCGUACUCUGCCUAUGUGUUUGUCAGAGAUGCCGAUGUGGAGGUGGAGGGGGUUCCCGUGGCCCCCCUGGAUGUGUGCUGUCAUGAUGCCAACAAGGACUAUGUGGUGGUGACCUGGAAGCAGCCAGCGGUGGAGGGCAGCAGCACCAUCCUGGGUUACUACAUCGACAGGUGUGAGGUGGGCACCCAUCACUGGGCGCAGUGUAAUGAUACCCCGGUGAAGUACGCCCGCUUCCCCGUCACAGGGCUGGUGGAGGGCCGCUCUUAUAUCUUUAGGGUGCGGGCCUUGAACAAGUCGGGAGUCAGCCGUCCGUCCCGCGUCUCCGAGGCAGUGGUUGCCAUGGAUCCCUCUGACAGAGCACGCCUCAGAGCUGGCCCCUCAGCUCCCUGGACUGGGAUAAUCAAGUUUACAGAGGAGGAUGCCACUGCGGGCGUUGUCCCUGGAGAGCCCUCUGACGUUGCGGUGACGGAGGCUACCAAGAGCUACGUGGUGCUCGCCUGGAAGCCCCCAGUCCAGAGAGGUCAUGAAGGAGUCAUGUAUUAUAUUGAGAAGUGUAUUUCAGGAACAGACACCUGGCAGAGGGUGAACACUGGCAUGCCAGUCAAGUCUCCCCGCUUUGCCUUGUUUGACCUGGCAGAGGGCAAGUCCUACAGCUUCCGCGUGCGCUGCUGCAACUCCGCUGGCGUCAGCGAGGCAUCGGUAUCCACAGGAGAAAUCACCGUUGGAGAUAAGCUGGACCUGCCCUCUGCUCCGGGCAACACAGUGGCCAUCAGGAACACUGACACCUCCGUGGCGGUCUUAUGGGGGGCGUCAAAGGACGUCAGACACCUGGUCGGGUACUAUAUUGAAUGCAGUGUGGUUGGCACUGAGGUCUGGAUGCCUUGCAACAACAAACCUGUCAAGCAGACCAGGUUUGUGUGCCAUGGCCUGACCACUGGACAAAACUACGUGUUCAGGGUGAAGGCGGUCAACGCUGCUGGAUACAGCCAGAGCUCCCCCAAUUCUGAUGCAGUGGUCGUACAGGCCGCCAUCUCCAUCCCUGGGAAGCCCACUGGUGUGACCUUGCUGGAGGCUGUCAAGGACUUCAUGGUGCUGGGCUGGAACGAGCCUGCUAGUAACGGAGGUGCUGAUAUCAGGGGAUACUUUGUGGACUACAGGACUGUGAAGGGAAGUGUUGUCGGGAAAUGGCAUGAGAUGAACCACCAGGCAUUGACUACAACCACCUACAAAGCUGAGGGCCUGAAGGAGAACGUCUUCUACCAGUUCCAGGUGCGCGCCAUGAACAUGGCAGGUGUGAGCAAAGCCUCUGUGCACAGUGCAUCUCUGGAGUGCAAGGAAUGGACCAUUACUGUGCCAGGUUCUCCUGUUGGUCUUCACGUGCUGGAGGUUCGCGACACCUCUGUCGUGGUGCUGUGGGAGCCGCCUGCAUUUAAUGGCCGCACGGCUGUCAAUGGUUAUUAUUUGGAUCUGAAGGAGACCUCUGCUGGAGAGGGGGGCUGGAAGGCUGUCCAUGAGAAGGCCAACAAGAAGAAAUACAUGAAGGUAACCGGCCUGAAGGCUGGUACAUCCUACGUCUUCCGCGUGCGUGCUCAAAAUCUUGCUGGAGUUGGAAAGACCUCCGCAGUCUUAGGUCCAGUUCUGGCUCAGACUCGCCCUGGCACAAAAGAGAUUUACGUGGACGUCGAUGACGAUGGUGUCAUCUCUAUGAUCUUUGAAUGCUCUGAGAUGAACGAAGGCUCCGAGUUUGUCUGGUCCAAGAAUUACCAGGCCAUGACAGACACCUCGCGUCUGACUAUUGUCAAUGAACACGGCCGGUCCAGAGCCAUCUUCAACAGUCCCUCCCUGGAAGAUCUGGGCACCUUCUCCUGUGUGGUCACCAACACUGACGGCAUGUCCUCCAGCUACACUCUCACAGAGGAGGGUCUCAUGCGUCUUCUGGACAUCAGCCAUGAGCACAAGUUCCCUGUUAUUCCCUUCAAGAGUGAAAUGGCCAUGGAGCUGCUGGAGAAGGGUCGCGUGCGAUUCUGGACUCAGGUGGAGAAAUGCACCUCUUCCUGCGAAGUGGAGUACGUCUUUAACAACGUCAUCGUUUCUCAGGGAAAGAAAUACACAAUGAACUUUGACAAGUCCACCGGCAUCAUUGAAAUGUUCAUGGACUCUCUGGAGGUCACCGACGAGGGAACGUUCACCUUUAACCUGGUGGACGGCAAGGCCAAGGGGACAACCAGUCUGGUGCUCAUUGGAGAUGAAUUCAGGGAGCUUCAAAAGAAGUCAGAAUUUGAGAGGGCAGAAUGGGUCAGGAAACAAGGUCCUCACUUUGUCAAGUACCUUGACUUUGCUGUUACCCCCGAAUGUAAUGUGCUGUUGAAGUGCAAGAUAGGAAAUGUCAGACCCGAGACUGAGAUCACCUGGUCUAAGGACAAAAUUGAGAUUGCAGAGGAUGAUGAGGAUGCCAAGAAAAUCGAGAGACAGGACGGCGAUCUGACCUUUAAUAUCGGAAAGUGGAUUAUUAAGCAACAGGAACAGAAAGAAAAAGAAGGAAAAAAACAGCCUGCAGAUGACGUUCCCCCGCCACCAAGAGCCAAAAUCUCCAAGAAAGAUGCUGGUAUUUAUGGGGUCGUCCUGAGGGACGAGAGAGGCAAAGAUACGAGCACCUUCAAUCUGACAGACGCAGGAUACCAAGCUGUAAUGAAUGAGCUGUUCAGGGUUAUUGCCACCUCCUCCAGUGAUAUUAAAGUCCUCAGCACUGAACACGGCAUCGUCCUCUACUCCAAUGUUACAUAUUACCAUGAGGACCUGCGUGUUGGUUGGCUCCUCAAAGAUGCUAAGAUCGCCGCCUCAGAGAGAGUCAAGUCUGGGGUCACAGGAGAGCAGCUUUGGCUUAAGAUCAAUGAGCCCACUGAGAAGGACAAAGGCAAAUACGCCAUGGACGUCUUUGAUGGCAAGGACGGUGUGAAGAGAGUCUUCGAGCUGACUGGACAGGCUUGGGAAGAGGCAUUCGAAGAAUUCCAAAGGCUCAAGGCGGCAGCAAUAGCAGAGAGAAACCGCGCUCGUGUUGUUGGAGGCUUGCCAGAUGUGGUUGCAAUCCAAGAGGGCAAGUCCCUGAACCUGACCGGCAACGUCUGGGGUGAGCCUGUGCCCGAGGUGUCCUGGAUAAAGAACGACAAGGAGCUGGUAUCAGACGAACGCUACCAGCUCAAGUUCGAGCACGGGAAGUUUGCCAGCAUCACAAUUGCCGCCGUCACCACGGCUGACUCUGGCAAGUACGCCCUCCUGGUCAAGAACAAGUACGGCACGGAAGCCGGCGAGUUCACCGUCAGCGUCUACAACCCAGAGGAGGAGGAUCAUAAGGAGGGGAAGAAAGACUAAAGGAUGAUCCAGUGUGAUGAAACGAGGGAGGAAAGAUUUCAUGGCUGGGCAAUCUCCAAAGCAUUUUACCCCGGCACAUGCCGGCGCCCCAAAGCAGUUUAAAUAAAUCUUGUGUACAGCUGCUUCCCUCCCUGCGUCUUCCAUGUGCCGGACUAAAGAGCUUUGGGCAUCGCCUGUCAAGGAGGCAAACAGUGAAUGUGAAACAGAGAUGAUAAUUGUGCGCUUUUAGUUGCUUGACAUGUCUUCUGUCACCUCUGGCCACUAUCAGCAGUUAACGUAAUGAAUGGUAGAUGGUUGACCUGUCGUUAAUCUUUGUUUUAAAAAGGUCAUCAUAUGCAAAGCACUGUUUUCUUAUAAUAUUAAAGUAUGAAAUUAAGGUGAUCUUUGACUCAUAAAACCAUGUCACACUGAGGUUUAUGUACUGUAAAAAAUUAUUGAUAAUAAUAAUAAAGCACAGAAACGGAUGCCAUGAGCUUCUUGCUGUACCAGCUAUCUGCUUUGUGUUGUUGGAAAAACGUGUCAGUGAUGUCACAUUUUCCACUGGUUCAAGCUCUGUGUCUAUUUAUAAGCCCCCUAUUACGUGUAAACUCUACAGUAUGUAUGUCAUGUACCGCUGAUGUGCCGUUUGCAAGCUGCAAUUGUCAGUCACUCACUACAACAUUUUCUUGGAGAGGUGGAGCAGUUAAACCCUGUUGAUAUGCAGAGAAGUGUGACGACCACACACACACACACACACACACACACACACACACACACACACACACGUGACAGUUCAAACUGGUUCAUUCAAGAUGUCUUGUAAGUCGUUAUGCAGCCCACCGACAUAAUUGGCAUACUUUGUGAGGUCUUUCUGGGGAAAGUAGUGCUGUGUGUGUCGCACACACCGUCAGACAAUUUUUGUUGAAAGCGGAGGACAAAUGUGCGAGGAAGCCAUACACAGAUAAACUGCCCCGCUUUGCAUUUGGUCUGAGGCUGUGUGUCUAACCAACAAGUUAAACAUAAAGUCUGUUUUUCCUCUUCCUGACACUGUAAUAAAGCUGCACCUGCUUUGGA